AUGCCAGGAUUAGAUAGGGAAUUGGUAGAACACAGGCUGCCAAUCAAAGAGGGAUACCUUCCAGUCAAACAGGCCAGAAGAAGGAUGUCCAUGGACACAGAACUGAAAGUCAAAGAAGAAAUAGAAAGGCUGCUCAAGGCAGGAUUCAUCAGGCCUGCCAUCUAUGCUGAUUGGCUAGCUAAUAUUGUACCAGUUCUAAAAAGGAAAACUGGGGCAGUCAGAAUCUGCGUGGAUUACAGAAACCUGAAUGAAGCCUCUCCCAAGGAUGAGUACCCUAUGCCAAUGGCAGACAUGCUAGUAGAUGGAGCUGCCCACAACCAGAUGCUAUCUUUUAUGGAUGGCAACGCAGGUUACAAUCAGAUCAUGAUGGCAGAAGAAGACAUCCACAAGACAGCCUUCAUGUGUCCAGGGCAUAUAGGUGCUUUUGAAUACACUGUAAUGCCUUUUGGCUUGAGAAAUGCAGGGGCUACCUAUCAAAGGGCAAUGAAUUCUGUUUUCCACGAUAUGAUAGGACAUUCCUUGGAAGUUUAUAUUGAUGAUGUGGUGAUUAAAUCACCAGAGGAGGGAAACCACAUGACAAAUCUAAGAAGAGCAUUCCUAAGAAUGAGGCAACAUAAACUGAAAAUGAACCCAAAGAAGUGCGUUUUUGGAGUUCAAGCGGGAAAUUUCCUAGGAUUCUUGGUCCACCAAAGAGGCAUAGAGAUCGACAAAAACAAAAGCAAAAUCCAUCAUAGAAGCUUUGCCGCCUAG